AUGGUGAAGGUGCUUGAAUGGAUUGUUGAUGAUGUCAACCAAGAUAAUUUAGGUGAAGCAAAUAGGUUGUUGAAAGAAAUACAAACUUUUGACUUUGUGUUUCACUUAUAUUUGAUGAGAUUUAUAUUGGGAAUCACAAAUGAUUUGUCAAAGGCAUUACAAAAGAAAGAUCAAGAUAUUGUGAAUGCAAUGAUGUUGGUCCAAAGAUGUAAGCAAAAGCUACAAUCCGUGAGGGAUGAUGACUUUGAUGAUUUGCUUGGCCAAGUAUCAAUGUUUUGUGGCAAAAAUGAUAUUGACUUUUCUAACAUGGAUGAUUUAUUUGUACCACAAGGGAGAUCAAGACGUAAAGCUCAGAAAAUCACAAACCGCCAUUAUUAUCGUGUGGACCUAUUUCUUACUAUCAUUGAUAAGCAACUAGUGGAAUUGAAUAAUCGCUUCACUGAGAAACUGAACAACCAUCCAGCCAACUCUAGAAACUCAACAGCCAUUUUGCUAAAAGCUCAACUCAAUGUACCAAUAUUCAAGAGGGAGCUUGGUGAUAUGGUCUAA